AUGAAUCCUAAUCCUGUGAACAAUCACUACAGGUCCAAAAACAUUUCGGAAAAAAUAUUAAAGGGACUUAAAAGAAAUCAGUUAUGCUUGCCAAAUAAUUCCUGGGGAGAAUUUUCGCUAUAUAAUGAAAAUGUGAAUAAAAUUAUUUUUAGGAAUAAUUGGUCAGAAGAAUAUGAAUUUGACAGUGAACAAGGGGAAGUACGUACGAACUAUGUCUACAAGACUAGAUAUAGUAGACAGAAUAAAUUCAACAUACAGAUAGAUGAAUACACAUUAAAGAGAAAUACUAUUCCGAGAAAUGGUAAAAGGGGACAAAAAGGUUACCAUAAAAAUGGUCAUUAUGUUGAUGAUGAUAAGGAUGAUGAUAAGGAUAAUGAUAAUAAUCAUAAUAAUGCUAAUUAUGCUAAUAAUGAUAAUAAUGAUAAUAAUGAUAAUAAUGCUAAUAAUGAUAAUAAUGAUAAUAAUGAUAAUAAUGAUAAUAAUGAUAAUGAUAAUAAUGAAAAUAAUGAAAAUAAGGAUUUCCUUUCCUAUGAGAAAGGUCAAAGAGAGAAGAGGGAAAAGUAUGCAGAUGAUCAUAAUGCUAGGGGACGCAUAGCUCAAAAAUUUCGAAAAAACGACAGCUUUCGCUAUGAUAGUUCAGAUAAUGCGCUUGUUAACAAAAAUAUACUGAUAGAAAACGCGUGGAAAUGCAUAUAUUUGAAUGAAAAUAAGAAAAAAGUGUGCAUAAAUGAUCCUUUUAUUACUUCCCCUUAUUUUUCUUACCCGUUACACAUCUUUAACAAUGAUAAAAAGGAGAAGAGGAAAAUUUGUAAAGAGCCAUACAGAGUUUUAAGUGCACCAAAUUUGGUAGAUGAUUUUUAUCUGAAUUUACUGGAUUGGUCAAAGAAAAAUAUAAUAGCAGUUGCUUUGAAUGAUAAGUUAUGUAUAUGGAAUAAUGAAACAUGUACAAGUGAAGAAAUAUUUGUGCUAAAUAAAAUACAAGGGAAAAAAAGAAAUGAAAAAAAAAAAAAAAAAAAAAUUGAAAAAAAUAAAAAAUCAGUAACAUCAGUGAAAUGGGAUAUAUUUGGAAACCAUCUCGCUGUUGGAUUAUCAAAUGGUGUUGUAGAAAUUUGGGAAAUUGAAAAAGGAGUUAAGAUUAGAAAAUAUAAAAAUCAUAAUUUAAGAGUUGGUGCAUUAUGUUGGUAUUAUAAUACUUUAACAUCAGGUAGUCGAGAUAAUACAAUAAUUAGUUGUGACAUUCGAUGCAAGGAAAAUAAUUAUGCACAUUUAACAGAACACAAAUCCGAAGUAUGUGGCUUACAAUGGAAUUAUAACGGAAAACAAUUAGCCUCAGGAAGUAAUGAUAAUUCUAUAUUAAUUUGGGAAAAUAAUAAUACAAAUAAAUCUCUUUUUCAUUUUACAAAACAUAAAGCUGCAGUAAAAGCUAUUUCUUGGUGUCCACAUAAAAAUAAUUUAUUAGCUAGUGGAGGUGGAUCAGCUGAUAAGAAAAUAUUUUUUUGGAAUACUACCAAUGGAAAAUGUAUAAACGAAAUUAGCACAAAUUCUCAAGUGUCCAAUAUUUUAUGGUCUAAAAAUACUCAUGAAUUUAUAUCAACACACAGCUAUUCACUCAGUCAAAUUAUUCUUUGGAAUUAUCCUGAAUUAAAAAAAAUUUCCGCCUUAAAUGGUCAUAAAUUAAGGGUAUUAUACGUGUCAUUAAGUCCCGAUGGUACAUCUGUAGCCUCUGGUUCUCCUGAUGAAACCAUAAGACUUUGGAAUGUUUUUCCUAAAAAUAAUGAUGAUCCUAAUUUUUCUCUGCUUUCCCCCUUUUCGAAUUGUUAUGAACUGGUCAGGUGA